AUGGCGCUCCCACCAAAGUGGUACCAAUUCCUUGUCUGUGUCUUUGCCUCUCUAGGCUCCUCCCUCUAUGGCUACGAUCUCGGUGUCAUUGCUGGCGCUGUCAACAGCAAGAAUUUCGGCCGAAUAUUCAGUCCUGACCCGAAUGAACUUGGAGCCGUCGUCUCCGUCUUUACGGGCGGAGCCUUCUUUGGUGCUGCGUAUGCAGGGCCCAUGGCCGAUUGGCUUGGGAGGAAGAAGACGAUCUUGGUCGGAAGUGUUGUAUUCAUCGUGGGCGGCGGACUGCAGACUGGCGCGCAGAGCUUGGCCUAUCUAUAUUCUGGAAGAGCCAUCGCAGGCCUCGGAGUCGGUGCGUUGGUCAUGAUCAUCCCGCCAUAUCAAGCAGAGCUCUGCCAUCCGGACAUCCGAGGACGUGUCACUGGUCUGCAACAAUUCAUGCUUGGCGUGGGUGCUCUCAUCGCUUCUUGGGUCUCGUACGGGGCAUACACGGGCUUCGACAACGACGACAGCAACCAGUGGAGGGUCAGUCUCGGAAUUCAGAUCAUUCCAGCUGGCUUCCUCGCGCUUCUCAUCAUGUUCUUCCCGGAAAGUCCAAGAUGGCUCAUUGACCACGGGAGGGUUGAGGAAGGCCUUCGCACUCUGGCCAAGCUUCACGCCAACGGCAACGAGCAGGAUCCUUGGGUGCAAGCCGAGUUCCAGCAAAUCCAGGACAUGAUCACCUUCGAGCACGAGCACGAAGCCAAGUCGAUCGUCGAGCUGUUCACCAACAAGAGCUCCUUCCGACGAUUGUUCCUCGCCUGUUCGAUCCAAGCCAGUGUCCAGAUGACCGGCGUGUCCGCUAUCCAGUACUACAGCCCGGUCAUCUUCGGCCAAAUCGGUAUUCCUGGCGACAAGGCGUUGCAGUACCAAGCCAUCUCCUCGGUCAUUGCGCUGAUUGCGCAAUUCCUCUGCAUCCUCUUCGUCGACUACGUCGGCCGCCGCUGGCUGAUGAUCGGAGGCAAUCUUGGCAACUGCCUGACCUUCAUCAUCGCGACCAUUUUGCUCGCAAAGUUCCCGCCGGGCGUUGCAAACAAUACUGCAGCAUCGUGGGGCUUUAUCAUAGUUACAUGGAUCUACAACUUCUCGUUCUCUGUGUCCAACGGGCCUCUUUCGUGGAUCGUACCAGCCGAGAUCUUCGACACACGCACGCGGUCAAUGGGUGUCUGUAUUGCUACGAUGACCUCGUUUGCUUUCAACACUAUGAUCGGGCAGGUCACCCCCAUUGCCAUCGAAAACCUUGGCUACAAGUACUACUAUCUCUUCAUCAUCUGCAACUUCACGAACGCACUGUUCUUCUGGGCCAUCCAGCCAGAGACGAAGAAGCGGCCGCUCGAGGAGAUGAACUACUUGUUUACCAACGCACCUAUUUUCGUGCCCACGAUGAAUAUGAAGAACUUCGAGCAGCAUGAUCUUGAGCAUAGAGUCGCUGAGGUGGAGCGCAAGGGGAGUGUGACGAGCCAUACUACUGAAGUGUGA